CCAGCAUCUUCACUAAAUCUUCACUAAACAAUCAACAUGCAGAUAACUGAAUCCGAUGUAGAACACGAUAAUGGUCAUGUUGAUCUAUUAAUCCUUGGGGCGGGUUGGACGUCGACGUUCCUAAUUCCACUUCUUAAACACGAAAAGAUCAAAUUCGCAGCUACAACAACAGAUGGCAGAGAUGGAACAAUCCGCUUCCGAUUCGACCCCGGAUCAAGCGACCCGACGCAAUUUAAUGCGCUACCGCGUACUGAAACAGCGCUGAUCACAUUUCCGCUCAUUGGUCAGGGGCAGGCCAAGCACCUAGUACGCAUGUACGAGUCGACACACACAAACAAGCCACACUUCAUUCAAUUGGGCGCCACGAGUAUAUGGAAAGCGCCGACAUGGCAGGACGAAUCAUCGCUCUACGAUAGUGCUGAUCCUCGCGCAAUUGCUGAGGACGAGCUAAUGACGUGUUCACACGGCUCCGUACUUAAUCUAGCAGGUCUGUACGGAGGUUCUCGUCAGCCACGAGAUUGGGUUGACCGCGUAGUGAAAUCGAAAGCCGAUCUAAAAGGGAAGGGUGCACUACAUGUGGUACAUGGUGAGGAUGUGGCCAGAGCUAUCGUUGCGCUGCAUCGAAACUUCACCCCGGGUAAGCGUUGGCUUAUUAGCGACAUGCAUGUCUACGAUUGGUGGGAUCUGGUACAGGACUGGGCAAUUCAGAUCGCCAAGAGCGGCGACGGUCAAGUCGACAGUCCCGUGUCCAAAGUUCAGAGGCAAGAACAAUUAUUAACUUGGGUCGGCGAGCUCAUGAUAGAGGAGGGUAUACGAGCUCUACCAAGAGAUACGCCUUCGCUGGGUCGAGUACUCGACGGGAGAGGAUUUUGGAGGCAGAUGGGAAUUUGGCCAAUACAGGGGCGCAUCAGGUAGAUUCCGAUAGAAUCACGCGUAAUAUUCUAUUGAAUUUUCAAAAAGCA